CAUAAUAAAUAUGUUGAAAAAUCACAAGUGUGUGGGGUUGUAUGAAAAAUCACAAGUGUGUGGGGAUGUAUCUGAAGAUGAUUUGCUGAAUCAUGUGGCCGACGUACUCUGUGAAAGAAAUGAUUAUGAGUGUAUUGAUGUUGAGCUCCUCAGACGCCUUGCAAAGGGAAUAAAUGUCGAUAUUAAAUUCGAGAGCAUUAAGGAUUUUGUGGUUACACCUGUGCUUGCUUUGUUUGGAACACUUGGUAUUCCUUUCUAUCAUGGAUGGAUAGUUGAUCCUGAGGAUUCGGAAAUCGCUACUGCAAUUGGAGGCAGAACUUAUGAUGCUCUAAUGACUGAGCUGACUGCCUUGGAUACACAGACUGUUAAGGCUCCAAGCAGUAAAAGUAGUGAAGAAAGCUCUGUUGAUAUUGCUGUGUUGGUUACUGCGUCUGCAGAGCAUGGUAGAUUGGGAAAGGGAGAUAUUGAAGAAGAAGAAGCCUUGUUAAGAGCCUUGACAUUAUCUGAAAAGGAAGCGCCUGGUUUUGAUACUCACAGAGACUCUUAUGAAGUAGAGGAGGCUUUGUCUGAAUCCUCAGAUGUAAAUGGGCUCACGCAAAAAGAGGGUGAAUUGAUCAAAGAAUUCUUGAAGAUAAUGCCAGUCAGUUAACUUGGGAGGGGCUCUUUAACUUGGAAGAUGAGCUUAACGAAGAUGAACUUUGUGUCUUGUACCGCAACUAUCACUUCUCUACCAUGAUAAAGGUUAUUUACUUAUAUGUAGAGAAGAUAGGUAAAUUAGAUGGUUUUUGAAUUUGAUGGUUUGUUUCUCUUUUGUCAUAUGUUAGUAUGUUAGUCUUACAGAUGUAAAUUAUUCAAUUAAAAUAGAAUCAGUUUAUAUA